CACCCCACGACCACCACACCACACCGCCCAUUCUCCCGAUACCCCUUUGCAAUGUCUGCUCGCUCUUGAUCGGGUGCAGUAGCGUUGCGUGUUGUGCUUUUUCUGCCCCCAGUCCUCCCUUCACUUCUGCCUCGCCGGUUCCUCCCUCAGCGCGUACCCCCGGGGCUUAUAUUGUGUACCUGCGCCUGUUUCGACCAGCCUCUCCGACCGACAUUCGUUCCUCCGCCCGCCGCUCGACGCGGUGUAUGCACGUAGAACAUGCAUAAGAUCUCCAACUUCGUGAGCACCGGCCAUGCUCGCAGCGGCUUUCCUGGGAUGGGCUUCACGAGAGGGCAGCCUCAGCACCCGCAACAGCAGCAUCAACAUGUCUCGCAGGAACACAUGCUGAACAUGGGCAAGCGGACGAUGCCCGGUAUGUCCGCGAGCCCAGGUCCUGGAAUGCCGGGCCACCUCGUGAGCCUCUCCUUCAACGUGCCUUUCAACGCGAACCUGCCGGGGCCCGACAAGGACGACGUCCUAUACAGCAGUACAGGUGCUUUUCAGAGAUGGACACAUCCGGACGGUGCGGCGGGAGACGUGCCCAACCACGCCCUGCCGGUCCACACGCGUAACGUGGAAACUCUGCGCAGCUUGUGUAAGCAGAUAAGCGAGGGGAGCGGCGAGCGACUACAUGCCACGGUCACGUCCUCCAAACCCAAGCCGAUUCCAGGUAUGCAGCGGGGUCCGCUCUCGGCUCUGGUCACGAAUGUGUGCAUUUCCGGUGAGGCUGAGGUCGUGCACAAGAUGCGGGCGAAGAUCUUGAACGAGACACCCAUCACACUGCGAUGUGAGACUGUCGAUAUUGACCGCGAGAUCGUGUUUCCUAAGGGACAGGAAGGAGCCCGAGCAGAUAUCCUGGAGCACAUGGACCAGAUUGCCGAUCAGACGAAAGCAGACAUUUUCCUCCUCGAGUCCAAGUCAAAGCGCAAGGACUCGGACUCGAUCAGCUUUACUGGCAACAUGGAGAAAAGCAUGGACAACAGGCUGCGGAUACAAAUAUAUGGCGACAGCGAGAGCUCAGAGAAUGCAAAGACGAGGCUGUUGAUCAUGAUUGAUCAGAUGCUCCAGCGUCUAGUAGACGUCUUCCGGGUGGAAUUGUCUCUUCACAACCUGAUCUCAGGCCGGCAGAGGAGAAACAUCAAACUGAUCGAAUCAGCUACGGGCGCUGCGAUCUACUUCCCGCCGAUGUUCCCAGCAGUGUUCGGCUACACGCCGCCAGGUUCCAUCCCACUUCGCACCCGGGACGAUAUCAUCAUCACCGGCGAUAGCAUGGACAACAUCUUGCAAGCUAAAAAGAGACUGAAUGACUUGGUGCAGGGCACGAAGACCUUCGUGAAAGACGUACAGAUCACAACGAGCAAGGUGGACAGCAUUCUCCUGGAGCGUUUGGACAAGAUCAGGAAGAUCAUCGAAGCGAACGGAUCCUACGUUCUGCUGCCACCGCUUGGGAGCAGUAGCGGUCUUCUUCGCGUGCAGGCCACGGACAUUUUGAAUGUGGAGCGCACCGUCCGCGAGAUUAUGGGCCUGGCUGGACAGUUCUACAGUGCUUCAUGGUGGGUCACACACCCGGAUCCUUCCCAGCGUCAGCCGACGCCCUCGGACGUGCGAUCCAUGCUCCCGGAUAUCUGCAUCAACAGCGGUGCCGAAAUCACCUUCGAGAAGCUCAACUUCCACAUCAAUGGCAGCGAUGACUCUGUCAAGGCCGCCAUGUCCAUUAUCAAUGUCCUGCCAUUUGUCAAGAAGGCUCAAUCGACUCUGCGAGUCAAAGUAGAGCUUGCCAACGAGCACAAGGAGUUCGUCAGCGGCAAGAAGAAUGGUAAGAUCAACAAGAUCAUGAGCCAAAGCAAUGUUCAGAUUGUCUUCGAUGGCUUCAACGAGUACAACUUCUACAUCGACGUCCGCGGAGCACAGUACGAAGCGACGAAGAAUGGGUUGGACCUCGUUGAGCUGGAGAUGCCGGCUUCGAUCUCAUUCCAUGUUCCAGACCAGUACCACAAGCGCAUCAUUGGCAUUGGUGGUCAGCACAUCCAGCGCAUCAUGAAGAAGUAUUCUGUCUUCGUCAAGUUCUCGAAUGCCAUGGAUCGUGGAGGCAUCGGCAAGGAUGAUGACGAUAUCAAGGUCGACAAUGUCAUCUGCAGAACCCCUGCACGCAAUGCUGACAAUCUGGAACUCGUCAAGCAAGAGAUCAUGGAUAUGGUGGAGAAGGUUGAUGCAGAGUUUGUGUCUGAACAGGUUCCUGUGGACCGCCUCUAUCACCGCGAGCUUGUCGCUCGGAUGCAGGAGAUUGAGGAGCUUGAGAAGAAGUGGAACUGCAAGAUCACCUUUCCAGGCACUGAAGCUGCUAGCGACAUUAUCACAGUCAGUGGUCCUGAGUGGCAGGUCCCACAAGCUGUUGAUGAGUUCUUGGGCAUGGUGCCAGAGACUCAUGAGAUCGAGUUUCCGUCUUCCAAGGAGUUGCGUGACUUCCUGAGCUCGAACGAGUUCCGCAACGAUACUGCGCAGAAGCUGAAGGACCAAUACGUAGUAGAGGUUUCUGUCAACGAGCCGAAGAAAGGCAAAGAGGGCGACAAGGAGAUCCUCUUCGAGCGCCUGGUACUCAACUACACGCGCAACAAUGCCGGCGGACUCAAGGAUGCCAUUGACUUCCUCUUGCUCCCACUCAUUGGUCGCGGUCUUGAUCAAAAGGCCGUGAAGGGCGCGAUCCCACGACCUAAGUCGGACUCUUUUGAAGACAAUAUGCCAUAUUUCGAGUCUAAGCUGCUGCAACGUGCUGAGCCCUCGGUCCAGGACUCCCCCACCCGGAGCACAUUUGGUGAAGAGGGUGGGUCGCGCUCCAUUUUUGACAAGCUCAGGAAGCCAAGCAGCAUGGCAUCUUUCACCUCUUUCAUGGAUCGUCGGAGAAAGACUGGGUCCAACUCUCCGGCCUCCAUGUUCCUCCAAGGCUCCGGAAAUGCAUCCAAGGCUUCACUCGUCAGCAUGGAAUCCCGCGAAUCUGGCUACCGCAACCCUUGGAACGAUUCUGGCAUCGACCUCGAUCACGAUCAACAGAAUGGACACGCCCACGCUAACAGCUGGGGCUCUAUUGGCGGCUCCUCUCGCCCCAAUACCUCUUCGAACUCACUUUCUGGUGCAUUUGAGACGAAGUUUCCUUUUGGCGUUAAUGGUAACGCUUCAACGAGUUCACUUAACACACCCAUGAUACCCGGCCUCGGAGUGGUGCCCAGCUCUAGUGCCGUCGGUGCGCACGAGACCAAGUCUGCCAGUAACGGCGACGUGACACCCAAGUACGAUGCUCAAGCCGAUGGCUCGGCCUUGAGUAGCGGGAAGGGUCCCUCAACGUUGUCCGAUGCUCCGCAACCACCGAUCUCGCGCCCGGCGUCGACCAGUGCUGGUGCUACAAAGACCGCCACCGCGAGUACCACCCCUUCUGGAUACCCGGCCCCUAUCGGGCCUCCGCGAUGAAAUUCUUGCAAAGUUGUUGUUGAGAAAGCAAUACACGAACUACUACUUACCACACUUGCUGUUUGGGGCGUUUUCUGCUGCUUUUUAACUUUUUGAUAUUGUUGUUUUUCUGUUUUUGCAACCAAAUACCCAUGUGCGACGUAUACGGGAGAAAAGAAAAAAGCUAUGCUUGAUAUGGAAUGCUGUUGAAAGUAUGUUGUGCAAGCGAGCGAUAUGAUAAGGCGAAAGAAGAAAUAUGAAAGUCGGGUCGGGAAUCUUUGUCUGUGCUGCUGCUGCUGUCGUCGUCGUCGCUAUGAUUGGCAUGAAGGAGAAAUUGCGAGGAUAUACCACUUUGCGUGUUGUUGUCUGAUGGGUUUUGAUUUUUCGGCGGGCGGCGGCAAGGAGGGUGAGGAGUUUUUUGUCUUUUCAGGUGGUUGUUGUUGUUUUCGCUUUCUGUCUGGGAGAUGAUGGGAAUGACGAUCGCGGUGGGUACAUCUUCUCCUGGGCAGAUGACGAGAUGAGAGGGUUCGCACUCCUGGCAGCGGAGGAAGUGAGGUCGCUGUAGCAUUUGCUAGCGAUGUAACUUUCGCGACUUAGGGAUUGUGGUCCUCUUUUUGAUGACGAUGGAAGCAACAACAAUUACAAUAACACAUGCAGACAGUGGAUAGACAAACGGACGCA